AUGCAUGAAUCCUCUGAGACAAUCCUACGUAUUUCUUGCUUAGCCGGCCGAACAGAAUUCGUAAAGGAGUUACUGAAGAAGAAAGCAGAUUUAGCAACAAGGCUCAACCCAGUUGGCUUUAGCCCAUUUCAAAUAGCUUCAGCAAAUGGGUUUGUGGAGAUAGUAAGAGAGCUAUUGACGGUAAACAGCGAGCUUGGCAAGCUUAAAAGCAGUGAUGGUAGAACUACUCUUCAUUGUGCUGCCGUAACUGGGAUGGUUCCUGUGAUUAAGGAAUUGCUCUUGUUUUGUCCUGCCAGCAAGGAUAUCUUGACAUCCAAAGGCGAAACCGCACUUCAUCUAGUUGUAAGAAAUAAUCAGUUUGAGGCUUUCAGAGCCAUGGUUGCUGUGCUCAAGCCUCUUAACAUUAAGGAGCUUCUAAACGUGACAGAUGAAGAUGGCAGUACUGUUUCACACCUUGCAACUGCUAAGAAGCAGACUCUGGCAAGUUUCUCUUUCCUCUCUUUGUUCUUUCUUUCUGUUUGGCCAAGUCCAAAAGGGAGGUGCAGGAUCCUGAAAUCACUUCUUGGAGGUCAAGAAAUUGACAAAGGCACAAUCAAUGUGAACGCAGUCAACAAGAUUGGAUUGACUACUUUGGACCUGUUGGAUGUUUCACAGCAAAUGGAGGUCGAUGCAGCUGAUUACAUGGUCAGGGAAUUGCUUCAGGGUGCAGGAGCAUUACGAGCAAAGGAACUUGGAACUGUUGUUGAUAUUACGGAUCAAGUUGCUCGUGUCUCUACCACUAUAUCAGCAUCAUCCCCUCAGAAUCUAGCCGAAGAAGUUAAACAGACUCCAGCAGGAACACAAAAUGCUUUGAUGGUUGUGGCAGUACUUAUUGCAGGCAUGGCAUACCAAGGCAUCUUAAAACCUUCUGCUGGCAAUUAUUCGUCAGAAACUGAUGAUACGCUUUACUAUUAUGCUAUGAUAGCAUCAGGAAAUGGGCUUGAGUUUAUUAUUUUCAGGCAACACCAUCGGAUUUUUUGCGUCGUUUGUAGUGAUCAAUUUGGUUAUUCAGGUGUAUCCACUCAAGGCGUUACUGGGGCUAGCUGUGCGUUGUAUGGUUGCAAAUUAUAUUUGUGGUCUUCUACUUAUCGAUCCGACUAG